AAGCUGCGUGUAAACAGUGUAGCGUAACCUGUGCCUUCAGCAUGUGCAGUGUCGCGUGAGCCGUGCCUUCGGCAUUCAUGCCGCAGGUCGCUGUCGCGACCUUUGAUGUCGCGUAAGCUGCACCUUCGGCAUUCAUGCCGCAGGUCGCUACCAGGACUCUUUGUUUUUAAAUUAGUGAUAUAGUUUGUUAUUUGAGAAAAUGGAAUCGUCAGAGAAAAUUGUUGUUGAUGAAAUGGAUGAAAAUAAUAUCAGUCAAGCACAAAUUUUUAACUACCUUGAGUCAUCUACACCUACAAGUCAAGUUCCUACGUUGAAUGGAUUUGUUAAUAAUUCGAAAGAACCACAACCCUCAACAUCAAAAAAUCAUUUAUUAGAAUCUGCAUUAUCGGAUAUACCAUCUGAAGUACUAACAGGCUGUGGACCCGAGGAAGCUUUUAGAUCUGAUUAUAAAGCUGCAAUAUUUCCUAGAAGUAGACCUCCCGAUGCACCCCAUGUAGAAAGAACACCAUCAAUAUUUCAUGAAGAGGAAACUAUUGAUCCUGAAGAUAACUUUUAUUUUGAAUCUGAUCACUUAGCCUUAAAGAAUAACGAUGAUUACAGAAAUAUGCUUAAAACUAUAGUUAUUCUGCAAGCACAACGAACUCAAGCAAUUAAAGAUGUAGAUACACUUUUGAUGGCAAAGAAAGAAGCUUUAAAAGAUCCUAUAGGAUAUGUGAAUAAAAUUCAAACAGGAACUCUUCCCGAAUACCCUGGACCACAAGUGAUAGCAGAAAUUCCACAAAUUGAUUGGUCUAAGUAUAAUGUUGCUCAACCAGAUGCUAAUAUGAGACCACAAACUCGUCAUGCCAAGAGUGCACCUUCAACAAGUAAUACUAAGCAAGAUGAUGAUUCAGAAAAACGUUUGGUCAGAGGACGAGUUUAUAGUGAAGGCAAGCCAGAAACAUUCAAUAAACCUUGGACAGAAGAAGAACAACAACGGUUGGAAGAAUUAUUAUAUAAAUAUCCUCCAGAAGAAGUAGAAAUGAAAAGAUGGACAAAAAUUGCUAAUGCUUUAGGAAAUCGAACACCCAAACAGGUAUCAAGUAGAGUUCAAAAGUAUUUCAUUAAGCUCAUGAAACGUGGUUUACCUGUUCCUGGUAGAGAACCAAGAAUGAAAAGUGAUGGACGAUGCCGUGCACAUCGACACAAACCAAGCUUUCGUAAAUCAACCUUCUUUCCUUAUGAACAAUUACUUGAUGAAAUCACAAAAAAGCCUGUUAAAGAACCAUUUGAUGAAGAUUCUACAUCUUCUAUUCCAAAUAUGGACACUGAUACUGAAUUGAGUCAAGUGGGCUCUUUACAGGAAUUCAAAGAGGACAAAAUCAUCAACUCUGCAGAUACUAUUGGUACUCACCAUGGAUAUAAGUGCUAUAUUUGUGGAGAGGAGCCAAUAAAAGGUCAUAGAUUUCAUUGCGAAGAUUGUGUUGAAGUAGAUCUAUGUUCACACUGUAGUCUCGCUCAACAUCAAGUAGAGGAACCCUUACAUCCUUGCACACAUCAAUUGACACGCAUCGAACCUCCUACUCAGUGUUCAAACGGUUAUGAUUCCGACUAUCUUCCAAAUAAUUUUGCUUCAACUAAUUAUAUGGAUCCUAAUUUCUGUCCUGGUAAUAUCAGUAACACAUUGCAAAAGAAUAUGAGUAACAUCGAAAUGUAAUUUUAACUAUUUUUCAAUUUUAUAUUAUUAUACUAAAUAAUUAUGUUGAUU